CUCUCUAGCAACUCCACCGCAGCUGUUCAGAGAUGAUCCCUGACCUGAAGAGAAUGUUUCUCCUGUGGUCUCUGCUCCUCUUGAUGGUCGCUGGAGUGGCAGCAGAAUUCCACUCUCUCUCUUAUCAUGAGCUGAUGAUAAAUGGAGACCGGCCCCUGGAGAGGGUUGUGGAUGGAUAUGUGGACGAUGUUCACUUUGUCCAGUACCACAGCAGGACCAACACCAUAGAAGUCAGGCAGGAGUGGAUGACUCGACUCAUAGAGGAACAUCCUGAGAGACAGGUGAACACGUGGGCUGAUGACCUGCAGGUCCAGAGGCUGAUCUUAGAGCCAACACAUCGACUCAACCACACUACAGGUGUCCACUGGGUCCAGAGGAUGUCCAAAUGUGAGUGGGACGAUGAGACUGGAGAGGUCAUAGGUCAUCACCAGUUUGCCUACGAUGGAAAAGACUUCCUUGGAUUCUACCUGCAGAAGAAACAGUGGGUCGCUCUGACAGCAGAAGCUGACACCAUCAUAGGUGACCUGAACAGAAGAGUCACUCUGAACCAACGAGUCCAUGACUAUCUGACCCAGGACUGUCCUGAGCGGCUCCAGAUGUAUCUGCAGUAUGGCAGCAGCCAGCUGCUGAGAAAAGUGCCUCCUGAAGUGUUUCUCCUCCAGAAGAACUCCUCCUCUCCCAUCGUCUGCCUCGCCACAGCUUUCUUCCCAAAACACUGCCAGUUGUUCUGGAGGAAAGCUGGAGAGGUGAUGAAUGGUGACGAUGUGUUGAUGACGGACACUCUCCCGAACCAUGACGGGACUUUCCAAAGAAAGGCUGAGCUGCUGCGUCCUCCUGUCCGUCCUGAAGACUGGAGCCGGUACGAGUGUGUGUUCCAGAGCUACGGUCAGGACGAUGUGACCCUCAGACUGGAUGAAGGACUCAAGCGAAACCCUGGUCAGAUCAGUCCCACCACCAUCCUCAUCAUCCUCAUUCCCAUCGCCAUUUUCGUCAUUGGUGCUUUGGUGUUUUGCCUCCGGAGCAGAAAUCACAGACCUUCAGAGAGAUGUUCUCAUCGUUUCUCUCGUUGUGCAGACACAAGUCAGAUCCAGGAAAGCUCAGCCCCAUCAGAAGAUCCAUGUCACGGUGAGGAGCUUCAGCAACUGAGGGCAUGAAGAACAAAGCUGAAAAUUAGGGUGUGGCUCAGUGUUCAACCAGUGCUGAGGUUCCUUUGGUGGUGCGCCCCGCGAUUUUUGGGGGUGCCGUGGCUCGAAAAAAAUUGAAAAACACUGGUGUAAACAAUUGGUCUCCUAGAACCGAGCCUUGAGGCGUUCUACAUCCUUUCUCUCUUUCUGGAUGUCAUGCUCUGUACCUUCAUGUACUAUUGCCUCACGUUUGAUUGGGUGGAAGGCUUGUUUGUAGAUCCAGAGACGUUCAUUUUAUGUUCAUUUUUUGGUCAACUGCUGCUGUUUUGUCAUCUACUUCAGUUUUGUCAACCUGUAUACUUAAUUCUAGUUUGGGGAAUUUCCAGACAAAUCUUUCACAUUCUUUCUAAUGGGUCCCGGCCCCAAGAAUUUGCUCUGGAGGCUCGUCUGUCUGGGAUCUUGCUUCAUUCCUCCAGAUGUUUCUACCUCUUAUCGAUUUUGUUCUUGACCUCUCAACAGAUUUUCCUAGUAAGUCUGGGGUCACACCUUUACCCUUCCUGCCACUGUGGUGUUGAACUUGAUGAUGCUGUUGACAGAGACUCAUCACACUGCUUUGAUAUGUCCUUGUAACCUCCUCUUGUACUGUGGCCUCAGACAAGACGGUGAUGCAGGUCCUCACUGAGCUCCGUCUUCUUGGCCUUUAUUUAUACUCCUCUGGAAAGUCACUAUUUUGAUCAUUGCUGAACAAUUGUACUACAAAAAAUUAUUUAUUCCAUGGGAACAUCUUGAGAUGUUUUUCAGGGAUUUUGCCUCAGAAUAAUGAAUAAUUCUGGGUGAAAAUCAACUUUUGUCCAUAUAUUUACUUACAGAGGUAAAGCUUAACCACUGCUAUGUGGGUUUGUGAAGAUAUAAGACACACAAGAAUCACCAGUAUUAUAGCCUUUGUAAAUGAACAAUCUGAAAUUGACUGCUAUUUCAUUGGAUAUGACUGAUUUUUUCAAUAUUAAUCACCAAAUUGUUGAUAAAAAUGUCUUUAACAAAUGUUUACAUGACACACUUGUAAAAAAAAGUUUCCAUUUUUAGAUCAGUUAUGGAACACAACUGUUGUUAAACGGCGCUAUAUAAAGCAUGAACUAUUUACUGGUCUUGUCCAUCGUCCAGCCACGACCAUCUCACACCAGUACUUUUCUUCUCGUGUUUUGGAGAAGUGAGCUAAAAUCCAUACUUGUUUGUAAUUACUCAAGUUUUUUUUGAGUGGAGGGCAAAUGUUGCUGUUUGCAUGAUUAUGUCAAAGAGUCACAGACGUUUCACAUUUAUCGUAUUAUUGUUUCACGAUGCUUGUGUCGAUGCCAUAGCUGUCCACUGAUCGAUGGUCCUGGGUUCCAACACCUGAUGUUUUGUGUGAUGUUUUUAUUCACAUUAAUGUGCUUAAAUGAUGCAAAUAAAAAUUGAA